AUGCCAGAAAGAUAUGGUCAACGGGUUGGUUUUUUGUUGUUGUAAAUCAAAAACUUGAAACUACAUUCAAAAAUAAAUAAUAACUAGUUUUAGGUGAUGGAACCCUCUUUGGACCCAAAAACCUAUGAUGUCAAUGGGAUGGCGGUUGCAAUUAACUUGGUUAUGUUAUAUGGAUUUGGUGAGUUUUUUCUAUAGAUUUUGAUCAAGCCUUCAAAAACUCUUGAAGUUUAUAGAAAAAAAAUAAAUUUUAAAAUCAGAAUAAAAAUAAUAAAAACGUGAAAUUUUGACGUGACCUACUUUUUUCCCAUUUUCAUGAAAAAACACACAUUCUCUCAUUCCAAAUUAAAAAUGCGAGACGUUUUGGAAGGUUUAGGUCAGUUACUAACCAAAUUUGACAAGUAAUAUCCAAAUUUUCAGCCGCUAUUUCUCUAACUCUUCCAACAUAUCUCGGCGUUGCUCAACGUGGAUUUUUCUGCGACGACGACACAAUUCGCUAUGAAUAUCGACCAGAUACAGUCGGAACUGUUCAAUUGAUUUUGUACAAUUUGGGUUUGAAUGCUUUCGGUGUUUUGAUUGUUGAAUAUUAUCGAAUGUAUAAAAUCGAAUCGAACAUUGAUAAUCCGAAAUAUCGUUGGAGAAACAAUCAUAUUCAUAUACUUUUUGUUAGAAUGAUCACAUUUUUCGGUUAUUCACAAAUUGGUUUUGUUAUGAAUAUGGCAUUGAAUACGGCGACAAAACAUGUUGUCGGACGAUUGAGACCACAUUUUUUGGAUGUUUGUAAAUUGGCAAAUGAUACAUGUGUGACAGGAAAUGAACAUCGAUAUAUUAUAAAUUAUGAAUGCACAGGAAAACCAGAAAUAAUUCUCGAGGCCAGAAAGAGUUUCUACAGUGGACAUUCAGCGAUUUCGCUUUAUUGUGCAGUUUGGACAGCGUUGUAUAUUCAAGCGAGGCUUUCGAAUGUUCUUCACAAUCGAAUUUUUGUUCCAAUUGUUCAAACAAUUAUUCUUGGUUGUGGAAUGGCUAUUAGUUUUACACGAAUUACAGAUAAUAAACAUCAUUGGAGCGAUGUUUUGGUUGGAAUAUUUGUCGGAUCAUUUUUGGCAAUUUAUACAUGUAUCUAUUGGACAGGGCUUUUCAAAAAUAAUAAAACUGAAGAUGAGACAACUCCAUUGAUUAUCAAUCGUCCAACAACAUCAAGAAUUGAACCAAGAUUAGGUAACCUACUUUUUUUACAGUAUUAUUUCUAAAAUAAUGUUUGAUUUUCAGAUAUUGCUCGUGAACUUGGAGAAGUCGAUCAUUCUUCAAUUCGAGUUACAACCGCAUAA